CCAGAAUCUCCCUGUCAACAUGGCUGAAGCCCACUCCGCUGUGGCAUUCUCAUUCUCCGUCACCCAUGAAGGAGUCAAUGUGGACGUCAACCACGAGGCGCUGAAGGCGGUGUUUAAGAGUGGUAUGAGAUCCAUCAAAAAAUCUCUUGGAAGGAUCAAGAACCAGAUGAAGAAUGGUGUUUACCCUGCCACCCCCAUGAGUUGGCUGUUUGUUCUAACUUUUGUGUUAGCUUUCAUCUUGGCAGGAGUGGAUCCAUCGUUUGGACUGAUCAACUGGAUAAAAACACACCUGCCAUGGUUGAAUACCUCACCACCUCUUGUUGCUUACUAUGGCAGCUGUAUAGUAUUUGCUACCUUAGUAUGGCUGGCCAAGGCAUUCAUUUGGAAGUACUUCCUACGCCUGCUGUUAAAUUACCAUACCUGGAUGUAUGAAAGUCGUGGACCCAUGUCACUGAAAACCAAACUAUGGCUGGGCUUAGUGAAGUUAAUGGGAGGAAGAAAACCCCUUCUGAUGAGCUACCAAGCCUCUUUACCAAAACUAUCUGUACCAAGCAUCAGCGAUACCAUGAGAAGAUACUUAAGGUCUGUCAGACCACUAUUAGAUGAUGAAAAGUAUGCCAGGAUGGAAAAACUAGCCACCGAGUUUAAGGAGGGUAUUGGGAACAAACUCCAGCGGUACCUGGUGUUGAAGUCGUGGUGGGCCACGAACUACGUAUCAGAUUGGUGGGAGGACUACGUCUACCUCAGCGGAAGGUCUCCUCUUAUGAUCAACAGUAACUUCUAUGCAGUGGAUGCAGUUUUUAUCCACCCCACUACCAAACAGGCUUCCAGAGCAGCCAAUAUUAUCUAUGCCAUGUUACAGUAUAGGAGAGAACUGGAUCGUGAGGAACUCAACCCUAUUCUACUUAACAAGACAGUGCCAUUGUGUUCAGCUCAGUAUGAACGUCAGUUCCAAACCACUCGUAUACCUGGACUGGAGAAAGACAAGAUAAUACAUUAUAAGGACAGUAACCACAUUGCUGUGUAUAACAAAGGCAGAUACUACAAAUUGUACAUCUACUACAGAGGAAGAUUACUGAAACCUGUGGAAAUUGAAAAGUCAAUCCAGCAGAUUCUUGAUGACGAUUCGACCCCUGCCCCUGGGGAGGAACACCUUGCAGCCCUGACCGCUGGGGACAGAGUCCCAUGGUAUCAGGCCAGGGAAGCAUAUUUCAGAAAAGGGAAAAACAGAGCUUCCCUGGACGCUGUUGAAAAGGCAGCCUUCUUUGUUACUCUUGAUGAUGAACCACAGAGUUAUGAUCCAAAAGAGCCGUCCAAAUUGAGCCAGUUUGGGCGUGCCAUGCUCCAUGGGAAGGGAUAUGACAGGUGGUUUGAUAAAUCCUUCACGCUGGUGGUCACAUCCAACGGCAGGGUUGGAUUCAAUGCUGAACAUUCUUGGGCUGACGCCCCUAUCAUGGCCCAUCUUUGGGAGUACAGUACAUUUGAGGACUUUUUUGUACAAGGAUACACAGAAGAGGGCUACUGCAAGGGGGAGAUAACUACUCCUCCACCCAAUCCUAUCAGACUGGAGUGGGAUCUGCCAAAACCUUGCCUACAGGUCAUUGAGAACAGUCUGGAGGCAGCUAAGCAGCUGAUAGCUGAUGUAGAUCUGGAGUUGUUGGUCCAUAACCAGUAUGGCAAAGGAUUCAUGAAAGUGUGUAGGGUCAGUCCAGAUGCCUACAUCCAGCUCGCCCUACAGCUGGCCUACUACAGACUCAACAAGAAGUUCUGUCUCACCUAUGAAUCCUCCAUGACCCGCCUGUUUAGGGAGGGUAGAACAGAAACAGUGAGGUCUUGUACAGUCCUGUCAUCUGAAUUUGUGAAGGCCAUGGAUGACCCUGAUAAAACAAGGGAAGAACGCAUUGCUCUCAUGAAGAAAGCUGCUGAUGUACACCAAAUAAACUGUCGUAAUGCCAUGACUGGCAAGGGCAUUGACCGCCAUCUCUUCUGUCUGUAUGUGGUUUCUAAGUACCUCGAUCUGGACUCACCGUUUCUACAUGAAGUUCUCAGUGAGCCCUGGCGGCUCUCAACUAGUCAGACCCCUCAUCAGCAGACCAACAAGUUAGAUCUGACGAAGCACCCAGAACACAUAUCAGCAGGGGGAGGCUUUGGACCGGUGGCUGAUGAUGGGUACGGGGUGUCCUACAUCAUCGCCGGGGAAGACUGUGUGUUCUUCCAUGUCUCCUGCAAAAACUCCUGUCCUACCACUAGUUCUAAGAAGAUGGUGAACUCCAUAGUGCAAGCUUUAGCUGAUAUAAAGACACUCUUUGAACAACAUUAAUGUUGAGGAUCAACUAGCAACUAGUGAUAUUUGUGUGGAAACUAAUUUAUUGAUUUAUUGAUUAAUUAAUCAGACUUUUAUUUUAGACUGUGUUCAGUAUACUGUGUCCAUUAUUUCUGUUCAGAAUUCACUAACAUCAGAAAAUAUGUAUUUUUUUCUCAGGAGGAAAUUUUUAAAUAUGACAGGGAUUACUAUAUAUCUUGAUAUUUUUAUUGGCAUUUCUUUUCUAAAGUAAGCAAAAGGAAUAUUUAUUGAUGACUAUUGAAUUAUAGCAAAAAUACUUAAUUUCUUGUAUACACUAACAGUGUAAUGUUUGAUAAUAGUUUGCAUGCUUUAAUUUCAUCAUACAUUGUAUAUGCUGUACGUUUACUCUAAGUUAAUGUCUUACAAGUAUUACAAUGGAAUUGGACAUUGAAGCGCCAUAAUGCUUGUACUCUUUGUUCUUUCUGUGGAGCAGUGAACACGAAAGAGUGAAGUCCAUUGAACUUUACCAGAUAUACCAAGUAUACUUUAAAAUAAUUGUUUCAACAAGAAUUAUUAUAGUAAAACUGCACAUGCUAGUAGCUUUCUGUUUUUCUGGGACCAUUUAUUUUCUUAACUACAAAAAGAAAUAAGACAAGAAAAAUAGCUUUUACGGCAAGGUUUAAGAUUACAUCAGAUGCUGAGCCAGCAUCAUAGUAGAAGAAUUGUACUUUGCUAGGCAUUGCUUCAACACAUCGUUUUCCUCCCAAAUUUGUUAAAUUCCUUCUUUCAGUUUUAAUUUAUUUAGCACAAUCAAUGCAAUUAUAUUGGUUUUACAAAUUCCUUUCUUUUUUUAUGUACAAAUUAAAUGAACAAUAUUCAAAUCAAGGUUUGAUGUUGUGUAUUAAUCUGACAUCUAGUUAGGAUAGUCAAUGCUAGACAUUACUCCAACCUGCAUCCAAAAAAAUUAAAUGUACUCACAUGUAAAUAAUUCAUGUUCUUCUGUUUUUACACAUUUUUUCAAAGUUUGAGUUUUAUUUUACGUUUUGUUUAAACAUUUUUCAUGUGUAGUUUUAGAUUUUUUUUUUUUUGAAUUCCUUGAUUAUGACUUGUUUUUAUGUUCAUUUUUUUUCAAUGUCAAUUCAAUGCUGAUUCAGUUAUUUUAAAAAAAAUAUACAGUCUUUUUGAUUGUCUGCAUAGAUGUACAUUGUACAACAUAAUGUGAUAGCAUAAAAAUGUACAUACAUUUACGUUUUUUUUUUAACUCAAAACUUCCAUAAAUUUUUAUUUCUGUCUCUGUGAUUAAAUUGUUAGACACUCAUAAGUAAUUGCCGUAAUAUAUAAUUAUCAACCACAAAGAUUUUUAGAAGAAAAUGACCAAAACUUAUUUUGUUUUAUAUGUUAAUUUUUUAUUGAUUAUCUGUGUUAUAUAAUAUUUUAUGUUCCUGUAAUUGUCUUAAAACUUCUCCACAAUUUCUGUCAGCAUAUGUUAUCUUGUAGUUUGCUUUGGUUUGGGAUCUUCCAUUUAACAUACAGUAUGACAACGCUUAUAGUAUUCCAAGUAUUAGUGAGUAUUUGGAUGUAGAUGGAACAGAAAGUGAAAAUCUUCAACUGUUGAUUACAUACACCAUAUUUCUUUUGGUUUAUUUUGUGAAUAAGCAAGACUGAAAUACACUGUGCUAGAGAUACAUGUAUUUAAAUUCAAAGAUCUGUACAAAUAGUGUAUGGUGAUAUACUUGUUUUAGGGCUCAUUUCAGAAGUAAAAAAAAAAAAUUAUUAAGUUAAGUUAAUGACAUGAAAGGCAUGCAGUGCAAGUAGUUUGUGCAUGUAAUUAAAAAAAAAGGGUGAUCUGUUUCAUUUGGGAUGUUAUAAAUUAUGUUAUAGUUUACAAGAGAAUCUAUUUGUUUACAAGAUUUCAAAUUUCUUACAUGUCAGAGUACAGUCAAACUAUUCCAAAACGCAGUGCAAGUUUUCAGUCGAAAAUUUAAACAAAGCGAUUCUAAAUGUUCAAAUAGCAUUAACUAAAAUAUAUAUAUACCGAUAGUCAGUCUACAUGUAUAAAAUAUAUUGUGAUAAAAGUUAACCUUUAACUAUCUGAGGAAUUUUGUCUAAGAAAUACUGGAAUCUUCAUUUAUAAAAGUAUAUAACUGAUCUUUGUUUAAUUUCAUUUGUGCUGUAUUACGUAUUUGAAACUGCUUCAUGUGUAUUAUAUGUUCUUGUUUGAAUACAAUAAAAUGAACUUACAAAACAUAUUAAA